AUGACUCCAAGCUGGGACACAUUCGCAAACGAACUCCAAAACGACCUCUUCGUCAGAAUCACAGUUUCAGAAGUGGGUCUAAAUGACACAGUUUAUCGCGUCUCCUACCUCACUCUCAAGCAUGCGGCUCCAGAGCUAGCCAAGCAGGUGGUCGACUUGGAUCGCUACCAAUACGCCUUCUCGGGAAAAGAGCUCAAGCUCGAUUAUCCUAAGUCGCCCGAAGUCCACAUCGCGCUGUACUACAUCAUACACAAGGAGCUUCCAUCGGAUUUGCUCUCGGAAAGGGACCACGAGGAGAUCGCGAUCAAGUGCUGGUGCUUCGGACACCAGUUUAAGAUGGCCCAUUUCCAGAAUGCAGUCAUGCGGAAAGUGCUCCUGUACUUGCAGAGCAGCAAUUUGAGCUUGGACGCUAUAGCGACUGCCUUCAAGACUCUGCAGCAGGGCUCAGUGAUGCGGCGCCUUCUCGCUGAGGAGUUGGUCGUCGGCAUUCGCGACAGGGAACGCUCGUACGGUGAGUUGAAGCAGUUCGAGGGCAUUGGGGGCUUCUUGACGGAGUUCGUGAAGGCAAUGGAUGAGUAUGAUGAUGAUGAGAUCGAUACCGACAAGAGAUUGGAUGAUGAUAGGGUUGGGGCGUAUCUGGUGUAG